GCCCCUACCCCGUCCGCUUCUUAAAGGGGCUAGCCUAUCUCUGUCUGGGCCCCACGAUUUCCACAGGGAAGGCUACCUUAGCCCUUUUAAAAGGCAGAGCUGCGGAGGGGGCCGGAUUCUAGGAGGAACCAAUGAAAAGCCUCACUCGGCCUCCGCUCCUCCCACUUCUUGCUGAGGUCAAAGGCCUGCGUCAGUUGCACUGUAGCCUCGGCAGUGAACCGGGAGGUACUACCAGGUCGCCGUCGUUGCUCCGCUCGCUCUGAGAGAGCAUGGCCCUGAGAGGCGUCUCCGUGCGGCUGCUGAGCCGCGGACCCGGCCUGCACGUCCUUCGCACGUGGGUCUCGUCGGCGGCGCAGACCGAGAAAGGCGGGAGAACACAGAGCCAACUGGCUAAGUCCUCGCGUCCCGAGUUUGACUGGCAGGACCCGCUGGUGCUGGAGGAGCAGCUGACCACAGAUGAGAUCCUCAUCAGGGACACCUUCCGCACCUACUGCCAGGAGAGACUCAUGCCUCGCAUCCUGUUGGCCAAUCGCAACGAAGUUUUUCAUCGGGAGAUCAUUUCGGAGAUGGGGGAGUUGGGUGUGCUGGGCCCCACCAUCAAAGGAUAUGGCUGUGCUGGGGUUUCGUCUGUGGCCUAUGGGCUCCUGGCCCGAGAGCUGGAGCGGGUGGACAGUGGCUACAGGUCGGCGAUGAGUGUCCAGUCCUCCCUUGUCAUGCACCCUAUCUAUGCCUAUGGCAGCGAGGAACAGCGGCAGAAGUACCUGCCCCGGCUGGCCAAGGGGGAGCUCCUGGGCUGCUUCGGGCUCACAGAGCCCAACAGUGGAAGUGACCCCAGCAGCAUGGAGACCAGAGCCCACUACAACUCAUCCAACAAGAGCUACACCCUCAAUGGGACCAAGACCUGGAUCACGAACUCGCCUAUGGCCGAUCUGUUUGUAGUGUGGGCUCGGUGUGAAGAUGGCUGCAUUCGGGGCUUCCUGCUGGAGAAGGGGAUGCGAGGUCUCUCGGCCCCCAGGAUCCAGGGCAAGUUCUCGCUGCGGGCCUCAGCCACAGGCAUGAUCAUCAUGGACGGUGUGGAGGUGCCAGAGGAGAAUGUGCUCCCUGGUGCAUCCAGCCUGGGGGGUCCCUUCGGCUGCCUGAACAACGCCCGGUACGGCAUCGCGUGGGGCGUGCUUGGAGCUUCGGAGUUCUGCUUGCACACAGCCCGGCAGUACGCCCUCGACAGGAUGCAGUUUGGUGUCCCGCUGGCCAGGAACCAGCUGAUUCAGAAGAAGCUGGCAGACAUGCUCACUGAGAUUACCCUGGGCCUUCACGCCUGCCUGCAGCUCGGCCGCUUGAAGGACCAGGACAAGGCUGCCCCCGAGAUGGUUUCUCUGCUGAAGAGGAAUAACUGUGGGAAAGCCCUGGACAUCGCCCGCCAGGCCCGAGACAUGCUGGGGGGGAAUGGGAUUUCUGACGAGUAUCACGUGAUCCGGCACGCCAUGAACCUGGAGGCUGUGAACACCUACGAAGGUACACAUGACAUUCACGCCCUGAUCCUUGGGAGAGCUAUCACGGGAAUCCAGGCGUUCACGGCCAGCAAAUGAGCCGCUCCAUCAGGGGCCCGAAACUCUCAAGCCCCUUUCUGGAGAGAUGCCUGGCUGGACCGCAGGAGCGCUGUGCUCUGAGCUUAGAAAGGGAGGUGGCGGAUGGAGUGGGAAGUGAGAGACACUGAUUUUUAAAUAUCAAAAUUUCCCUUCUGAAGUCGUUCGGAUGUGUUCCUUAAAAAGAAGAUGGAAUUCUCUGUAGAGCGUCUCAAUCCACUUUUAACCAUGGAUGAGAACAGACUCCAUUUACCCUGAAAUAGCAGCUUCUCUUGAGAGGAGAGUGACAUUGAAGCAACUCCGUCUGCUGCAGCUGACCCCCUCACACCGAGUUCACAGUGCGCCCUCCCUCCCUCCCAUCUGGGGGUAGUGCCUUAUGCUGGGUGUUGGAGCAGAGUGAGGGAGAGGAAAAUAAAGAGCUGCACAUCUGA